GUCAAAGGUUGAUGAAAACAUGAAAGUCGCACAGAAACGAGAUGCUGUCCUGCAGGGAAUGUUCUAUUUCAGGAAAGAUAUUUGCAAAGGUGGCAACGCUGUGGUGGACGGCUGUGGCAAGGCCCAGCAGAGCGCGGAGCUGGCCGCAGAGGAGCACGAGGAGUACGCCCUGAUGAGCAUAGACACCAUCAUCAAUGGGAAGGAAGGCGUGUUUCCUGGGCUGAUCCCGAUUCUGAACUGCUACCUGGAAAACAUGGAAGUGGAUGUGGACACCAGAUGUAGCAUUCUGAACUACCUGAAGCUGAUUAAGAAGAGAGCAUCUGGAGAACUAAUGACAGUCGCCAAAUGGAUGAGGGAGUUUAUUGCAAACCAUCCCGACUACAAGCAAGACAGUGUAAUAACUGAUCAAAUAAACUAUAGUCUUAUUUUAAAGUGCAACCAAAUUGCAAAUGAAUUAUGUGAAUGCCCAGAGUUACUUGGACCAGCAUUUAGGAGAGUAAGAUAUAGCGGAAGUAAAAUGGACUCUUCCAACUAGGCCCCUGCAGAGGGACUUGCUCGCUGUUUCAUUGGAGAACCGGCCACAGCUCCAGCCAGAGCCCGGCGUGACCAGGUUAACGACCGUACCGGUUCCUGGACCCAUGGGCCGGAAAUGGCCUGAGAGGCUUCCUUCAGCGGGUAAAUCUAGAGUUUUUACAGCGAACCUGUACAUAGUAAAGUAUUUUUAUGAUUAACAAUGUAUUUUAAUAACAUAUCUAAAGUGUGGACUGGCUUGUACAUUUCCCAAUUCUCACUCUGGAGCAACAACUGCCCAAGCAGUUUUGUAAAUGUGAUGUUCUAGUAAUUGUACUAUAUCUGCAUUCCAGAGUUCAAAAUGUUUACUGUAAAUAUUUGUGUUUUGUUUUUUUUUUAAAGACUUUACCUGGACCUGAUUCACUGAAAUUUAUCACUUCACUUUAAAACCAGUUUGUCUUAUUGAUGUUCAGGCAUCUCCUUUGUUUUAUAUUUAAAAUCACUGUCGGAUCCAUUGAAGGGCUUCAGGGGUAACCCUGGAUUCUGGCACCUUAUCUGUUUCUUUUGUAAUCGGAAUAGCUAACCACCAAGUAAACCCGUCGAACUGAUGGCUGUUAUGAAAGGUACUGUCCUUUUUUAUUGAUUUCGAUGAGGCAGGCAUUAAAGAGAACUCUAUAGGAAGGCAGGAGACCUGUACCCUGAGUUCACAUGUAGUGAUUAUUGGGGGUGGUGGUUUUCCUCCUGUGCAUAAUAUACAGAGUGUUGUCAGAAAUGGCACCCGCUCCUGUGUCUGUUCUGGUUGCUGCUGUGGAUGUAAAUGUGCAAAUCAGGUGCAGUUGCUGAAGGUUGUUUUCUUACUUUUUGUAGUUUCCAGUAAGCAUAUUGACAGACUUUCUUAUAAAAGCCAUUUGCUCUAGGUUUUACCUGGAGGAUAUCCUACAUGCUGCUUAUGCCCUUCUCCGUGAAGCUCUUCAAUAAAUCAUGAUAUGCACUAAGUUUUGUGAAUCAAGCCCCUAAAUGUUUAACUGUAAAUAAGUUUCACAUAAUUGUUAGAGCAUUUUGUUGAAGGUUUUUUCCAAUUAAAGUCUUAACCUACUUCAGAAAUAACUAUGUACAGUAGAUUAUGCAAACCUUAACAGGCAUCAAUAUUUAAACUAAUGUGAAUUUUAAGAGAUUGUGACAAAGCUGCUUCUGCUAAGCCUGCUUAGGUAUAAAUACUAGGGUUUGUGCUAUGUUUCAUACACGCUCGUUGGAGGAUUAAUGAAUGCCUGCUUUUCAUUUGCUUGUAAAUCAGGUUGUAAAAAGGCAGAUAAACUAAAUGUUUGUGGGAUGAGGAAAUAAAAGAAUGGAAUGAGAAUCCUGAAAA